CAUGUAUAAACAUGACGUUCAUGAAUAUUUAUUAGCUCGGGAUGGCCACUGGCCCUCUGAGGACUUCUAGAUAGCCGAGAGGGGUCCAGUUGGGUUGUUUUGUCUGGGGCUUCUUCCAUCCCAACAAAUCCCACAGAAAAGGACUUACAACUAUUACCUUUUUUUAGCCCACGGGAAAUCAUGGCUCGGGCCCCAGGCUAUCGAGGGCCUCUCUUGGGGCUGCUUCUGCACUUUGCUCUACUUUGUUCGGCUCAAAGGGCCCAAGGACCUGCUGGACCUGCAGGUGUACCAGGAAUUGAUGGCAUUGAUGGUGAUAGAGGAUCAGAUGGCCAAGCUGGUCCUGCUGGACCUGAUGGAGAGCCUGGUAAAAUUGGAUCCUCUGGAAUACCCGGAAUUCCUGGAAAUGAUGGCUUGACCGGCCGUAUCGGAGAGCCCGGGCCUGAUGGUCCCCGCGGACAGAAAGGUGAACCCGGAACAGUUGGACCUCGUGGAAUGGCUGGUGUUGGGCCAGAUGGACCCCCUGGGCCACCAGGGCCAGGAGGGCUUCCGGGCCCACUGGGGAAAACAGGACCACCUGGGCCCAUGGGUGUGAGGGGGCCACAAGGACCUCGAGGACCAACAGGCCCUCGAGGGGCAUCUGGGAUGCUUGGAAGCGCUGACCUGUGUCCCAACUCUUGUCCACCAGGGACUACUGGACAUCCUGGACUUCCUGGCAUGAAGGGCCACAAAGGUGUUAAAGGUGAAGCAGGGGAACCUGGCAAACAAGGGCACAAGGGGGAGGAGGGUGAACAAGGCGGUCAAGGGGAGGUCGGUGCACAAGGGCCAACGGGCGCCCAGGGCAUCCGUGGAGCCUCAGGAAUGAUGGGUACUAAGGGAGAGAUGGGUGCUCGAGGUCCUGAUGGAGAUCCAGGUCCUCAAGGUGUUGCCGGGGCAUCUGGUGAUCAAGGGCAGCGAGGUGUGAUGGGUGAGCCUGGGCCUAAAGGUGAACUGGGCUUACAAGGGCCAAGAGGCAUCACCGGUUUGCCAGGUCCCAAAGGAGACGCUGGUUUACCAGGUGUGGACGGCCGUGAGGGUAUUCCAGGCUUGCCGGGAACAAAGGGAGGGGUUGGAAAGCCUGGACUCCCUGGAGAGACUGGCCCACAGGGGCUUCCUGGUUUGCCUGGAUCACCUGGAGCAAAAGGACAGGGUGGCUCAAAGGGAGAUGCUGGUCAAACAGGCUUUCCUGGAACAAUAGGUUCAGCUGGGAAAAUGGGCGAGCGCGGGGAACAAGGUGAGGUUGGAGACGUUGGACCAAUCGGUGAACCUGGAGAAUUAGGAGAACAAGGCCCGGUGGGUCCAGCUGGCAAGCCGGGUUCAAGGGGACCCAAAGGUGACCCCGGUCUUCCUGGUAUUCCAGGCCCUCCUGGUGUUCCUGGAGUAAAAGGAGAAAGGGGCGAGCGGGGAGAAGCAGGGCCCAAGGGAGACCAGGGUCCACAAGGUGAUGAAGGCAACCCCGGAGAGAAAGGAGAUAAUGGUGAACCUGGCGAAACUGGUGCCAAGGGUGAGAAUGGAAACCCCGGCGAGCCUGGUAGAAGAGGACCAGAGGGAACUCGAGGCCAGCCCGGAGUCGAGGGUCCAGCCGGCACACCUGGACCACGAGGCAUGCAGGGUAACAGAGGUCCACCUGGAGUCAGAGGCACACAAGGCCCUGCGGGUAAAGAGCCGAGCGACCAGCACAUCAAACAGGUCUGCAUGCGAGUCAUGCAAGAACAACUGGCUCAGUUGGCUGCAAGUUUGAGAAGACCAGAGUCUGGUGCAGUGGGCUUACCUGGUAAACCCGGACCUCCGGGCCCUCCUGGUGCUCCGGGAGACAAUGGCCUGCCAGGGCAGGCAGGGGCAAGAGGACUUCCUGGACUUAAAGGACCACCAGGACAACUUGGAGCAAAAGGACCCAAAGGUGAAAUGGGCGACAGAGGCUCCCGAGGACCCACAGUGCGGGGACCCAAAGGUCAGCAAGGACCUCCUGGACUCCCAGGUGAGGCUGGCAAACCUGGGUACGGUCAGGAUGGUCGCGACGGCCAAAGAGGACCUCCUGGCCUUCCUGGACAGCCUGGCGUACCAGGGCCACCCGGUGCAGCCGGUCCUAAUGGUUACUGCGACCCGUCCUCAUGCAAUUUGUCAGCGGGCGCUCAGCGUACAGAUGUUAAGGGACCUGCAGGGAACUAAAAGCCACUCUGGGAGAGACAGAGACUAUUGGAUUAGAACAUGUUUCAUCUCAGGGGUUUGUGGUGCCUUCCCUCCAUUAACCUCUAGUCUUGUCUUGACAAGCUCCACCAAAAGGAGCACACCUCCACGAAAACACACAAUUUUUAUAUGCUGCCAAAAUCCACAAUAUAUAUAUUUUUUAUUUUCUUCUACCUGGAUAUCUUUUUAUAUUGCUGGCAAAGUGUUUUAAUUGUUCAUUCCAAUUUCUUUGUACACUGUUUUCCCCCUCAACAAGCAAAGAUAUCUCUUCAAUUUACUCACCUCAAAUAAAUCAGGACCAGGAAUUGCCUGUUUGUGAAAUACGUGGUAAUUUAUCAGUAAAAUAUUUUAUUAUUAGAUGUUUUUUUUACAGUGCCCGCAAGUCAGAAAGUAUUUCAAGUUGAAAAACUGGGGUGAGGGGUCACACUGUCUUCAGUGUAUGUUGUAAAUCUGUAUAAAAUAAAUUUUUU